ACGUCAUCAUUCUCCAAAUUCCCAUGCACAAAACUAAUCCGCAACAACAAUCCCAUUCUCCCUGCAGUCUUCAAGCAACACCACUUCCUACACCCGAACCCCAAAUCAAUACUGUAAUCAUCUAUAAUCCAACAUGUCCGCGCUCGAACCCACAGGCCCGUCCCAGCCCAGCCUCAACCAGGCCUACACGACCCCCGGCAACGCCGCAACCAAAGAGCCCGCCGAGCAAAUCCAGACAGACUCCAAUGCUCGCUCCAUUGCCCUCGACAAUUCGGAGCCCGUAGACAGGCGCGUACCUAACGAGCAAGUCGCGUCGGGAACUGAAGGCCAGGCGAAGGCGCCCGGUGGAGGCAUACAUGGCGCACCCCCAGGCGAGGAAGCCAAGGGUCUCACCGAAGAAGAUGUAGGCCGGCACAACGAGCUCGAUGGCGCGCAGAUGGCGGCACCAGGCGAAGGCGACAUCGCUGCCGCCGUUGCCAACAACAACACUUUCGGCGCGGGCGGCGCAGGCAAGGAACAGGACUUCGCGAGCGACCUGGACAGGAAGAAGGCGGAGCAGCAGGAGGCGAGGGACCAGAUGAAGUCACAGAGGCAGGCGGGUGCGAGCAUGGGUGGCGCGCUGGGUCAGACGGGUGGACCGGCGAAUCCUGUGGACCAAGGAGGGUACCCAAAUGGUGGGGUGUAGGGUUGCGGAGAGGUUUGGGAAGACUGAUUGUGCGAUAUUGAG